UGACAAGUUAUUGAGUAGAAAGUGGCAGAAGAAACAUGAGAAAAACAAGAGCUAUACAAAGAAGAAGAAUAAACAAGAAACCAGUUCCUCUGUCUAUUGAUCAAAGAGGGUAAUACAUGCAUGAAUUUAACUGUUUGGUUUUUAUUCUAGUAUUGGUUGUUGCAGCACGUACAUAUGUAGUCAUAAAAUAGGGUCCCAUUCUCAUUCUGUUAUGCAUCUGAAGCAACUUAUUCAGUUGUCUGUAAAGAAUAAUGGAGCCUACUAAAGCACAAAAACUGACUCUUUCCAAGAAUGGAAAAUUGGCCAGCAGUUCGGAUGAGGAUGAAGUAAUACCUCUUAACCAAAUCUAGUAUAUUUUGGCUAGUGAUGUAAGUAACUCUGCUGCUAUUGGUGAAUCGGCAAAGGUUGUUGCAACUUCAAGUAAGAAUGAUCAUGAUUCUAGCUCUGAGGAAGGCGUACCUGUAGCCAAGAAACCACCUGUUAAUGGCUUUGCUGCAGUUCUUAAGAGAAAUGUGUCAAGUGAUGGAUCUUGUUAUGACUAUGAUCGCAUCUCUGCGGAGGAGAAUGUUGUUGUUAAGAAAGUGCCUGCCUAGCUACGAGUCAAGCGAUGGAUCUAGUUCUGAGGAUGGUAACACUUCUUAUUCGGAGGAUGUUGUUGUUAAUAAGGCGCCUUCUUCUUCCUCUGCAAAGGAAGACUCUUGCGAUGAGUCAGGUGAUGGAACUAGUUCUGAGGAUGGUGGCACCUCCGGGGAGGAGGAUGUUGUUGCUAAGAAAGCGCCUGCUGCUGCCUCUCAAAAGGAAGAAUCGAGUGACAAGUCCAGUGAUGCUGAUGAUGCAAGGGCAUAUGUUACGUGAUAUAUGCAAAUGUUGUCCCUUUACCACUGAGUUGAUGAAAUAGAUGCUAUCUUGAUGUAUAUAUUUUAAUAGUGUUACUCGAUGCUAUAAUUGAAUUUUGCUUUGACAAGAACCGGUUGCUGCUUAACCAACAAAAGUGAAAAGGACUAGUGAUAGCUUUGAAGAAAUGGACUCUGAUGAAGAUGGUUCUGAUGCAGACAAGGAAAACACUGUUGUUGUAUCUAAAUAGAAGAUAGAGUCCAGCGGCGACAGCUGUGAUGAAGAGGUAGGCCGACAGCUGUGAUGAAGAGGUAGGCUGGAAAAAUCUCCAUCUCCUACUUCUAAUUGUUUUUGUACUUUGACAAGUCUCCAUCAUUUUCCUUUUAA